CACAGCCCGCCCCUCUGAGCUGUCUGGGCUGGUUUGUCUUUCUCAAACAAUUCAGUCUCAGUCUUCACGGCAACUCAGACCCCAGCUCCAGCAUCUGCAUUCUGAAGUAAGAAUGGCUGAUAUGGACAGAAUGCUUCAUUCUGGAGGGAAACAAUGUUCCAGGUUGAGCUGAGUCGCCAAACACAGACCCUCUCUGUGGUUCUAGAAGAAAUCUUGACAAGUCCUAUCAUGUGGUUUUUCUGCGCCUUGAUUCCAUGUUUACUCAUAGGAUGUUUCCUGGACAUUGGAAUUUUUCAAAACUCCCUAGCGGGGCUCCAGAAGUUGUGUAUUCCAGAACUGGGCAGAGUAAAGACAAGUCUGAAGCAUUUGUAUGGAGUGGCUGUCCUGCCUGCCCCUCAGAACCUCUCUGUACAAUCAACCAACAUGAAGCAUCUCUUGACAUGGAGCCCAGUGAUUGUGCCUGGAGAAAUAAUAUACUAUUUUGUUGAGUACCAGGGGGAGUAUGAAAGCCUGUACAUGAGCCACAUCUGGAUUCCCAGCAGCUGGUGCUCACCCACUGAAGGUCCUGCAUGUGACAUCACUGAUGACAUCACUGCCACAGUGCCAUACAACCUCCGCGUCAGGGCCACCUUAGGCUCACAGACCUCAGCCUGGAGCACUCUGCAGCAUCCCUUUAAUCGAAACUCAACCAUCCUCACCCCACCCGUGAUGGAGGUCACCAAGGAUGGCUUCCACCUGGUUAUUAAGCUGGAAGACCUGGGACCCCAAUUUGAGUUCCUUGUGGCUUACUGGAGGAGGGAGCCUGAUGCCAAGGAACACGUCAAAGUGGUGAGGAGCAGGGGCAUUCCGGUGCACCUGGAAACCAUGGAACCAGGUGCUGCAUAUUGUGUGAAAGUCCGGACGUUUGUGAAGGCCAUCGGGAGGCACAGCCCUUUCAGCCAGGCAGAGUGUGUCAAGGUGCAAGGAGAGGCCCUCCCUCUGGCACUGGCCCUGUUUGCAUUUUUUGGCUUCACGCUGAUGCUUGUGGUUAUGCCCCUUUCCGUCUGGAAAAUGGGCCGGCUACUCCGGUACUCCUGUUGCCCCGUGGUGGUGCUCCCUGACACCUUGAAAAUAACCAAUUCACCCCAGAAGUUAAUCAGCUGCAGAAAGGAAGAGGUGGAAGCCUGUGCCACAGCUGUGCUGUCUUCUGAGGAGCCUUUCAGGUCCUGGAUCUAGCAGGCUGGGAGAGGGCCCAGUUGAAACUGAGAAUCCAGUUGGCAUGGCACAGAAGCUGUGAGGGGAAAGACCCAGUAUCUGUUUACCUCCAUGGACAAAGGACAAGAAAACAAGCAGAGCCUGCUGUGUCCAUGUCUAGAAGCAACUGUCAGAGGCAGAGUGGUUUGGUGGACAGAGUGCUGAGUUGGGGGUGGGUCAGGAGAUGUGACCUCUAGAACUAGGUUGCUCUGCCAUUCACCGACUGAAUGACCCUGGAGAAAGUGGCUUGGUUUCUUUGGUCUUCAGUUUUCUCAUCUAUGAAAUAGGAGAAUUAACCAUACAACUGUUAAACCACACACACACACACACACACACACACACACACACACACACACACAGCUCUUGCAGAGCUUUGGGAAACUGGCAGCACUGUAUAUUGUUAUUAGUUCAACUUUUCUGCAGAGCAAUAUAUAAAUUGUAACAAGAAUGAUAAAAACUCUUUCCACCAGUUGGCUUGGAGACCCCACUUCCCUAGAGUAAACCUUGAUGAGGAAAGGAAUGAUGGGUAUGAAGUGUUGACUUCACUUCGACCCAAAAUGCCUGUGCAGAGGCAAAUGGCUCGGCCAGCUCUAUAAUACAUGACCUAGAAGGAGGCCACAGGCUCAUGGAAGAUGGGACAUGCUGUGCAUACAUAAGAUGUUGUAAAGGGCAAAUAAUGUGUGCACACUCAAGGCAGCAGGUAACAUGUAUGUGUAUGAGGAGAGGAGAAUGCAGAAGGAUGUCAAUAAUAAACGUGGUGUUUGCUGUGUUCCUUUUACCUGCAGCAUUGUUAAAGUAUAGAAUGAAAAAUAAAAAGGGGUCACCUUCGGUAAGCUUUUUGGUUUCUUCCAAAAAUGUGGUCUUUAGUUACAUCAUCAACCGUACGUCCAAAGAGGCUCCUGAAGGCCACCAUUGGUCAGGAGUUGUUGGGUGACCCCAGGUAGGGGAUGGGGAAGGGAAAGAGUGGCAGGCAGAUUCCUGAGAACCCUGACCAAUGCAGUAGUCAAAGCCUCACCUGGUCAGAGUGCCCCUGGAUCUUCCUAGAGGCCUUGCUCCACAAGAAAUCCCUUUGGGUACCUCUCCUCUUUAAGACCGCUCACUCAGGGUGUCCUCAGCCCCUUCUAGCAUGUUCAUCCAGGAUCCACCUCUGGAAGCCUCUUCCCACCCCUCUCCCUACCAGGUGAGGAAGAGUCAGGGUUGGAGAGAGAAAUUUCUUGAGAAGUGAAGGGAUUGAUGGGCAAGGCCUUUGCCUCCAUUUUUUAGACCCCAGCCUUGGAGCCUCUGAGUUGGUUUGUCUCCACCAACUUCCUGGACCCCUUCCAGCCAGCCCAGAGCUGGGGACAAUCUAACUUCUUCAACCAUGUGUUUCUCCUACAAGAUUUGGGUCUUUACCCCCCUCCCUACCCAGUGGGGCCUCAAGGAGCCAGAUGGUGUAGACUCUCUAGGAGGAUGAUAUUGCUGAAAAUCUUUUUCUUUGUACCAUUUUGUAUGCUUCUGUGUUGUUCGACUCUUUUAUGAAGAGUAUAUGUUAAUUUUAUAUUUAGCCUGAACUGGAAACAUUUUCAGUUUGCAAAAAUAAAGGCCAUGCUACUAUACUGGUCAUCA